AUGGUGAAAAACGAGAAAAAUCACUCAAACAAUAUGGGUGAUCAAAACCACAACAAUUCCAACAAUAGCGCGGUGGAUUUGGAUCUUGAGGAUGGAUUCAGCGCUGAGGAUAUGAUUAACAAAGGCAGUGGGCUUACUUACAAUGAUUUUAUUAUAUUGCCGGGUUAUAUUGACUUCCCACCCUCUGAAGUGGAUCUUUCGAGUAAAUUAACGAAAAAAAUAACCCUAAAAGCACCUUUCGUAUCAUCUCCUAUGGACACAGUAACAGAAGCCGACAUGGCUAUCGCAAUGGCUCUAUGCGGCGGCAUCGGAAUCAUACAUCACAACUGCUUGCCCAGCUACCAAGCGAACGAAGUGAGCAAAGUGAAAAAGUACAAGCACGGUUUCAUUCACGACCCGGUGGUCCUGUGCCCCUCGAACACCGUCUCCGACGUGCUCAAAGUGAAGAAAGAGCACGGCUUCUGCGGGAUCCCCAUCACCGAAAACGGCAAGAUGGGCGGCAGGCUGGUGGGAAUGGUCACUUCGCGCGACAUCGAUUUCCUGGACGACGACGACUUCGAGAACAUCAAACUGGAACAGAUCAUGACGAAGUUGGAGAGCCUCGUGACCGCCCAGUCCGGGGUGACCCUCUCCGACGCCAACCACAUACUGGAGAAGAGCAAAAAGGGCAAACUGCCGAUAGUGAACGCCCAAGGCAACUUGAUCGCCUUGAUGGCUCGAACUGACUUGAAGAAGGCCAAAAGUUACCCCAUCGCUUCGAAGGACGACAACAAGCAGCUCAUCGUCGGCGCCGCCUUGGGCACCCGAGAGGAGGACAAAGUGAGACUGGCCGCCCUGGUACAAGCUGGCGUUGACGUUGUCGUGCUAGACUCUUCCCAAGGCAACUCCAGCUACCAAAUAGAGAUGAUCAAGUUCAUCAAAAGCACCUAUCCGAACCUCCAAGUCAUCGCUGGGAACGUCGUUACUAAAAAGCAAGCGAAGAACUUGAUCGAGGCCGGCGCGGACGCCCUGAGGGUCGGGAUGGGCAGCGGCAGCAUCUGCAUCACCCAGGAAGUGAUGGCGGUAGGGCGACCUCAGGCUACGGCCGUGUUCAAAGUCAGCCAGUACGCGAACCACUUCGGCGUGCCCGUCAUAGCCGAUGGAGGCAUCCAGUCCAUCGGCCAUAUCACCAAAGCCCUCGCGCUGGGAGCUUCGACUGUGAUGAUGGGGUCGUUGCUGGCCGGCACUUCGGAGGCCCCCGGCGAAUAUUUCUUCUCCGACGGGGUGAGGCUGAAGAAGUACCGCGGCAUGGGGAGCAUCGAGGCCAUGGAUCGCAAGGACGCCAUGGGGUCCGCUAUGAAUAGAUAUUUCCACAAUGAAGUCGAUAAACUGAAAGUGGCGCAAGGAGUUAGCGGCAGCAUCGUCGAUAAGGGGUCAGUUUUGCGUUUUGUGCCGUAUUUGCAGUGCGGUAUAAAGCACGGUUGCCAGGACAUCGGAGUCAAGUCCUUGAACGGGCUUAGGGAAUGGAUGUAUGAGGGAAAGCUGAGAUUCGAAAUUAGAACGCAUUCAGCGCAGGCCGAAGGUAACGUGCACAGCCUGUUUUCUUACGAGAAAAGAUUAUUCUGA